AAAUUUGGGGUCAGCGGUUGGUACCCUACCAUAGUAAUUUGCCUGCGGUUCACUGAGGGUUGCGAGUAGAGUUCGUCUCGCUUAGUUGGCUCCAUUUAGCACAUUCUGAGCAUUACAGAGAAAUUAACAUGAAUGAGAAGAAGCUAGGAUAUAUUCCAAACUAUGCGAGGUUUAUUAUGGGGGGAUCUGCCGGUAUGGGUGCAACUGUGUUUGUACAGCCACUGGAUUUGGUCAAAAACAGGAUGCAGAUGAGUGGUGUUGGUGGUGCUUCAAAAACCCACAAAAGUAGUUUACAUGCAAUUGCCUCCAUUCUUAGACAAGAGGGAGUUUUUGGUGUCUAUAAUGGCUUAUCAGCUGGUCUCUUAAGACAGGCAACAUAUACAACAACGCGACUGGGUGUUUAUACUUCACUAAUGGAACAUUUUAAGAGGUUGUGAGGCUAUCAUUAUAAACUGUGUGUUUGCAUUUUCUUUCACACAGGAAUGACAGCAGGGGCUAUAGGAUCAUUUAUUGGCACACCUGCAGAGAUCUCUCUCAUAAGAAUGACCUCAGAUGGAAGGCUUCCAUUGGAACAACAACGCAAAUACACAAGUGUGUUUAAUGCCUUGUUUAGGAUAACCAAGGAAGAAGGACUUUUUACUCUUUGGAGGGGAUGUGGUCCAACGGUCACUCGAGCAGUUGUUGUUAAUGCAGCCCAACUAGCUACAUACUCGCAAGCUAAACAGAACUUGCUAGCAACAGGUUAUUUUAAGGAUGAUCUGCUAUGCCACUUUGGAGCAAGUAUGAUUAGCGGUUUAGCGACUACGUUAGCUUCUAUGCCUGUAGACAUUGCCAAAACAAGGAUUCAAAACAUGAAGAUUAUUGAUGGCAAACCUGAAUAUCGUGGAGCAGUGGAUGUGUUCGUCAGAGUGAUUCGACAAGAAGGACUUUUCUCACUGUGGAAAGGAUUUACACCGUACUAUUUCCGUCUUGGACCACACACUGUUCUUACCUUCAUCUUCUUGAACAACUUCAAAAGAUGGCAAGAAACCACUAUGGCGUCUCUUCCAGUCUGUAAAAACACUCAGAUUAGAAAGAUGCCGUGUAUCAUUGAUGACUUUUUGAGACUAUUUGAUCGUGAAAAAAAUCUUAGGGUGUUGUCUCGGGUUGACUCAGCUUUCCAUCUUCCAACAAACGAACACCGUUGUCUCUCAUUUCCUCUGGACUUUUUCCACCUUGACAAGAUUGACUCCAGAUAUUUUUGUACAAAAAUGACAGACACGCAUAGGUCACGAAAUCAAAAUUUGGUAACACUAGUAUUCCUUUCAAUUAAUUAAAAUUGUGCGAUGGGUAGACUUUUCAUAAUUAUGGCGGUAAUGGUAUUUAAUGCAUAAUGUUAUUUUGGAAGUUCAGCGCACAAGGUUUUGACCUGCUGAUAGCGUUAUUGUCAGGCAUUCACACUCUUGACAUCCGAGGAAAUGUCAAGUAAAUGAAAGCUAUAUUGUAAAGAUAUAAUUGAUAACUUGAUUGUUUAUUUAGUUCUGUUGCAAGUAAAUCCAGUUUCAUGAAACUUUCGAAUUUUUACUUACUUUUCGAGCACGUUUUGAUCUGAGCGGAGACGGGAAAUUUGAAUUUUAGCUUCCAAUUGAUGAAGUUGUGAAGAGAGAGACACCGCUGAAGACAGAGAGAAGAAAACAAUUACCCAAGUUUAACUGCCAAACAUCUUCAAUCUGUUUUGAAGAUGCCUGUCUCGAACUAUUUACAACUUCUAAAUUUUUGUUGUUUGGAUAAAAUAGUUCUAAAAUUGA